GUGCGUGUGCAUCAGAGCAAUAAAUCACAAUGUAACCUUCUAAGGUUUAUUUGGAAAUUUUCUAACUAGGCGAAUUCAAUUCGGUUUCCCGGAAUAAAACUAGAGGCGAAAUUUGAGGCACAAAAAGGAGCAGCAAAUUUUUAGAUUUAUGUGUGAAAGGAAAACACCUCUAGCGGAAACUGAAGUUGUGCUGUGAUAAGUAACAAAAUUGCUGCGAGGAACUGACUCCUCAUACGAGUAGGAUUCCAAAAAUCCCUUCAACAAAGAAAUGUGUGGCAUAUGAGUGGGCGGAAAAGCAAAGAGUUGCUGAGAGCUGCUGAUUGUUAUGCAGAAGUUUGCAUUUGUGCUUUGAGUUUACCAAGUUUGCAUGCAUGCACACAAAAUGCAGAGAACAAAGCAGAAUUUUAAUAAGAAGUGAAGAAGUGAACAACUAAAAAGUAACUUUGAGUAUUGUGGGGCUUUUGUCAGCUUCAAGAGAAGUGUUGUGGUUGUUGUGAACGACUUGAGACGGCAGUUGAGGCGUAUGCUGAUAAGUUUGUGGCGUCAGCUCAUCCGUGAAUCACAAAUUUUAAUAUACAUAAUUAUAUGCAAAGGCCAAAUGGACGCACUGGGCGUAUGAGUAAUUUUGCGAAAUUGGAUUGUACGGAUUAACAUACAUUUUUACACACAUAGCAGUAUAAUUCGCAACUUUUCGGCAGUGACAAAAAAAAUAUUCUCACAAUUGCGCUGAUAAAAUUUGCUUGACAUCGCAAUCCCGCCAAUUUACUUGGGCUACUAUAAAUCACGUGCUGGUGUGUAAAAUUUAAUAACGACAACGGUAACAACGACUCAUAAACAAAGGUGCACGUACGCGCCCACAUACAUCCACACACACAGAAAAAUAUAUAAUUUAUGCACAGCAUGGACCAAUUUUUGCACGAAUAUGCAAUGCGAAGCAUCCUGCCACACCUGCACACCUCCGGCAGCACGAUACAGAGAUAUGUGCGCUACGCAUUGAAAAGUGCAGUCAACAGCAACGAUAGUCUACUCGCUGGCGCCACGGAUACGAAAGGGGCUGAGGGUAGCAGUGGCGACUAUUACUUUAUUACAUCUGCAUCCGGCGCACAGCGAUUGCUCAACGACAGCGAAAGUGUCGCAGACGCAGCAGCUGGCAUCUCUUCAUCAUCUGCUGAGCUUAUGCCCGGGCAGCUGGCCUACAACGAAAGUGGCGACAGUCCUUCGGUGCUGGUAUUAUCGUCGCUCACGGGGACAAUGAAAAAUAUUGGCAAUCUUGCCACCACUACAGCUGCGGCGGCGGUGGCAUCGGUGGCAGGCUCAAUCGCAGAUUUUGGUGAUGGCGAUGGCGAUGUGGAUGUGAGUGGCUUUGGCGAUUUCAAUAUAACCGGCAUUAUCUGUGAUGACUCAGUACAGAAUAGUACUGACGAUGUAUCAGCACUCUCGACUGUCUACUUCAAAACGGCCGUCUAUCUGAUGUACAUUCCAAUUUUUAUAUUUGCUCUGCUGGGCAAUGGCACUGUUUGCUACAUCGUGCAAUCGACGCCACGCAUGCGCACCGUCACAAAUUAUUUUAUAGCCAAUUUAGCCGUGGGCGAUAUACUGAUGUCGCUCUUUUGCGUGCCAUUUUCGUUUGUGUCGAUUUUCAUUUUGAACCAUUGGCCUUUUGGUACGGUGCUGUGCAAUUUGGUGAACUACUCACAGGCGGUGUCGGUGUUGGUGAGCGCAUACACCCUGGUCGCCAUAAGUAUUGAUCGAUAUAUAGCGAUUAUGUGGCCGCUUCGUCCGCGUAUUACGAAAAGGCUUGCAAAAUUCAUCAUAGCAGGCGUUUGGUUUAUUGCCCUGGCAACGGCACUGCCCAUACUCAUCGUGUCCAAGUUGUCGCAGCCGGAGCGCUGGUUCGUCGAGUGUCAGAGAUACAUUUGUCGCGAGGAGUGGCCCUCAAACGAACAAAACUACUACUACACUUUGGUGCUGCUCACACUGCAGUUCCUCGUCCCCUUAACGGUGCUCGUCUUCACCUAUACGCGCAUUGCCUGCGCGGUCUGGGGCAAACGACCGCCUGGCGAGGCAGAGAAUUCACGCGAUCAACGGAUGGCGCGCUCCAAGCGAAAGGUUAUGUUACAAUCGUCUGCUGGCGGCACCUAUUGA